CUCACCGUACGUACUAUUGGUCUCCCUUUCCAUCAGCACAUUUUACUCACACAAAAGCAAGAUUCUCAUAGCAGUAAUACACACAGUGCAGCUCUAUAGAGUUGGAAAGUUUGGUGUUUUCAGUGUGAAAAAUUUCCUUAAAUUAGACAAAAUGAACAUUUCCUUUGAGGGCAAGCGAAUCCUUGUCACGGGAGCCGGUCAAGGAAUCGGCAAAGACCUAGCCCUGCACCUGUCACGAGCGAAAGCGACAGUGAUCGCACUAUCAAAAACGAAAGAGAACCUAGAUGCCCUGACCAAACUCGACCCAACGAUCCAAACGGUUUGCGUGAACCUUCGAGACUGGAAUAUGACCCAAAAAGCCGUCGAAAGCGUACUACCUAUUGAUCUACUGGUUAACAACGCCGGAGUCGCUUGUCUCAAGCCUUUUGUAAACGCCACUCUGGAGGACUGCGACCUGACGUUCGACGUCAAUGUCAAGUCCAUCGUCAGCGUGUCGCAGGUCGUUGUCAAAGACAUGAUCAGGAGGAAGGUUUCGGGAAGUAUCGUCAACGUUUCGUCCCAGGCCAGUCACUGUGCGCUCAAGGAUCACGCGAUCUAUUGCGCGUCGAAGGGUGCCGUUGAUAUGCUGACCAAGACGAUGGCUCUCGAGCUUGGGCCUCACAAUAUUCGAGUGAAUACUGUUAAUCCCACGGUGGUGAUGACAGAGAUGGGAAAACUCGGGUGGAGCGAUGCGAACAAGGCCAAAGAGAUGCUGAGCAAAAUUCCUCUUGGACGCUUUGCGGAAAUCAAAGAGGUGAACGAUGCUAUUGUUUUUCUCCUUAGCGAUUACAGUUCUAUGACGACGGGGGCUGCUUUUCCGGUUGAAGGUGGAUUUCUUGCAGCGUGAUUUUAUUUUAUUUUAGAUACAUUAGUUUGGUGACGCAUUUUAAUAGAAAUAUUUAUCUUCCUGCAUA